UAAUCACAAUUUAUGCGGCUUAAGUGAUCCAACACAGUGGGCUAAGUCCUACAGAAGGUUCUCUAAAAUCAGGCGAUCUCUUUAAUUAACAAGGAUCAUUUAGCUUGGAACAAGUUACUCCUCUUUAUUUAGUAAUUCUGUUGACUUAAUACCAGGAUGUAUUAGUAGGAAAUUCUAAUACCAUUGAAACAAUCAUGGUAAAUCUUAUAACUAGAUCAUUUAUAUCUCCAACUCAUUACUUGAGAUUUUCUAGGGCAUGCUGAACUUCAGGAACUUUGAAGAUAUUACUUAUUGAUUAAAUAUCCCAUAUUUAAGUUCUUAACAAGUUCCAUUUUUUUAAUUUAAUUAAAAUUGUAUACAAAUUGCACCAAUAAGCACUAUUCCCAUUCCACUGUGCGCAUUUAGUGUCAACCAAGCGCUUGGCAUUUUCACUUUUUUGCCGUUGAGCAAACCCCAGAUUAUUAAAUUUAUGAAAUUCUAUUGAUGUUUACACGCAAACUUUGACCGCUCGAGAGUCACUCACUGGCUCAUACGUACUCGUAGAUGUGAACUACUUAUAAAGUGUAUCUUGAGACUUGAGGCAGGGGGAAGAUCGACCGACGACCGUCCAACCGUCCAGACGAGUGCGUCGGUGUCUGUGUACUAAAUUUAAUGGAAUCUUGAGUUUAAACGGCACCGGAUCGGUCGCCAUUCUCAUCACACUAUUCAGUUGAACUGAGAACUUUGCCCGGGUCACACACGCGGCCGGGAAUAUCUAACCCAUAUCGGAAUUGAAUUUUCGGAAAAAUGAGCCCUAUCUGUGCCAUGGAUGUGACGAAAUCGUGUCCGUAUCGCUCCCAUCUCUGAUAGUGCGCCAUCGAACGCGUUGAACUGCUAUAAACCCAUUAAAUCCGAUCACCUGUCCCGAAGUUCCGUUCCCUUUCCCGAUCCGAUAUAGCUGACACCCGCAAUAUGGUUUACUUCGGCGAUCGGCACCGCGAUCGUGAUCGCAAUCGCGAUCGGAACAAUCAGAAAGUCGAGCGAAUCAUCCACGAUGAGGAGUUCGGGGAGGAGAAUGUCGAACUGGUGGACUCGGAGUGGGCGGACUUUGAGAAGUUCAUUUGCCAGUUGCGGAAGCGGCGCAACAGUAACAUUUCCAUGGAGGAAGAACUCCGCCAUGUCCAGCGCCAGGCGAAGAUCAAGUCGCAUGCCUUCUAUCCGUGUCCUCCGCCAACCGAAAAUGCCCGCGACUCGGACUCCUCGGAUGACGAUGAUCCCAUCGGAUAUAUCGAUACUCUCAUGUAUGGUCGUUAUACCAAAGAUCUAGGAGAAUUUGCCAAGGAUGAAGCCAGAAAGCUCAAAAUACUCGAAAAGCGACGAAAGCAGGAAGAUAAACAAAGGAAUAAGGAACUGCUAGGAAAGCAUUCGACGCGGGCGAAGCGAGUGUCCUCAUGGAUCUGGAAGCACACGAUAGCCCGGCUGGGCGAGGACUGGGUCUUCCUGGCUCUGCUGGGCAUCAUAAUGGCGCUGCUCUCAUUCAUCAUGGACAAGGGCAUAUCCAUCUGUACAAACGCGCGCAUUUGGCUGUAUCGCGACCUGACGUCACAGCCUUUUGUUCAGUACAUCGCAUGGGUCUCGCUCCCAGUCUGCCUCAUAUUAUUCUCGGCCGGCUUUGUCCAUCUCAUCGCACCGCAAAGUAUAGGUUCCGGUAUACCCGAAAUGAAGACCAUACUGCGCGGCGUUCAAUUGAAAGAGUAUCUCACAUUUAAGACAUUAGUGGCCAAGGUGAUUGGUUUAACGGCAACUCUGGGCAGCGGUAUGCCAUUAGGAAAGGAAGGUCCUUUCGUACAUAUAGCAAGUAUUGUAGCACAAUUAUUAAGUAAACUUGUCACAUCAUUCCAAGGCAUAUAUGAGAAUGAGUCGCGAAACUCUGAAAUGCUGGCGGCAGCCUGUGCCGUUGGUGUGGGCUCCUGCUUUGCCGCUCCCGUUGGUGGUGUGCUCUUCAGCAUCGAGGUCACGACCACAUACUUUGCGGUGCGGAACUACUGGCGCGGCUUCUUUGCAGCGGUAUGCGGCGCCACUGUCUUCCGGCUCCUGGCUGUUUGGUUCCAAAAUGCCGACACUGUGCGGGCUCUGUUCCUCACGAACUUCACCACUGAGUUCCCCUUCGAUCCCCAGGAGCUGUUCGUCUUUGCUUUGAUUGGACUCGUCUGCGGCCUGGGUGGUGCCUCCUACGUGUGGGUCCAUCGGCGAUACGUCCUCUUCAUGCGCUCCAAUAAGCGCAUGAACAAGUUCCUGCAGAAGAAUCGCUUCCUGUAUCCUGGCUUCCUGGCUCUGCUGGUCUCCAGCAUAUCGUUUCCCCUGGGCACUGGCCAGUUCCUGGCCGGUGAGCUAAGCACUCACGAGCAGGUGACGCAGCUCUUCAGUAAUUUCACUUGGUCGCGAGAUGACCUGACCGUGGAGCAGGCGGCGGUGGUGACUCACUGGAUGACGGGCUACACCAGCGUGUUUGGAAACCUAGUGAUAUACACCCUUUUCACGUUCAUGUUCUCCAUUAUCGCCUCCACAAUACCAGUUCCGUCGGGCAUGUUUAUUCCGGUUUUCAAGAUCGGUGCUGGAUUCGGCCGAUUGGUGGGCGAGUUCAUGGCGGUUACCUUUCCACAUGGCGUCCGAUACGGCGGUCGGUUGUCGCCCAUCAUGCCCGGGGGCUAUGCCGUCGUCGGGGCGGCCGCCUUCUCCGGCUCCGUGACGCACACGGUGUCCGUGGCGGUGAUCAUCUUCGAAAUGACGGGCCAGAUUACGCAUGUGGUGCCGGUGAUGAUUGCUGUGCUGGUGGCCAAUGCCGUGGCGGCACUGCUGCAACCGUCGAUCUACGACAGUAUUAUAUUGAUUAAGAAGCUGCCGUACCUGCCCGAUCUCCUGCCCUCCAGCUCUGGCAUGUAUAGCAUAUUCGUGGAGGACUUUAUGGUGCGGGACGUGAAGUACAUAUGGCAUGGAAUCUCCUACCAGAAGCUCAAAGAAGUCCUUAAGGCAAAUAAGACACUGCGGUCACUGCCGCUGGUGGACAGUCCGGAUAACAUGAUCCUGCUGGGCUCCGUGCAGCGUUACGAGCUGAUCAAGAUGAUUGAGAAACACAUCGGUCGGGAGAAGCGCAUGGAGGUGGCCCAGAAGUGGCAGAAGGAGGCACAGGAGCGAGCCCUCGAGGAGGAGAAGAAGAAGCAAGAAGUGGAAUUGAAGAUGCGACGACCAUCACGGUUCGAAGUGCUUCCUGCUCCGGACAUUCUCAGCCUCCGGCAGAUUGCCAACGACGAGAUGCUGCCGCCCAAGAAGCGAGCAGAGACGAUGCACGGUUCCCUGGCACCUAGGAAGUCCAUCCUGAAGAAGACCAACUCCUUUAAUCUAAAGACCUACACGCCGCAGCCUUUGGCCCAUAGUCCUAGCAUCACUCCAUACACCACGAUAACAGGGAACUCCGAGUUCCGAAUCCGAUCGGCCUUUGAGGCCAUCUUCAAGAAGUCCACCACGCUGCAGGACGUCCAGCCGGAUCCGGAAACGGGCUCCAUCUCACCGGCCGCCAGCCACAACGAGGUGGAGGUCCAGCGCACGCCAAGCACUCCGGGUGUUUCCAAAAGGUUCAGCUGGUAACAUGCACAAAGUAAUUGGGAUUUUGUAACCGAUCAAAUUAUGCUGCAAGUAAACCCUAUUUCAACGGAACCCACAACAUUGCCUGCUGAUAGCACGGAAAUUGCAUUAUCAAAUAAUGGGGAUAAGUCCAGCCCAUCACCAGAUCGGCCAGGCAUUAAGUUUAAAACAAAUAAAGUAGCAGAUGUAAAUAGAUCGCCACAUCUAGUUCCCAAAGAAAGGUCCACGAAAAUCCGAUUUUCCAACGAAGUCGAAGACCAGAGUUCGCCUUCGCGUAAGAAAUGUUUUGCCAAAGAAUUAAAUGGAAUGGGUUAUUCCAUAGAAGAUAUCGAUGAAUUGGCGAAUCCGGAAACGGAAGGGGAGAGCAUACAAAAGACGAAGUCAGUGCAGUUGCCCAGGGAACGUGUCAUUGACAUGUCGCCGGAGGACCAGAAGCAAUGGGAGCUCGAGGAGAUGUUGAAGCCCAUCGAUCUGCAAAAAGCCAAUGUGCAUAUCGAUCCCUCACCCUUCCAGCUGGUGGAACGCACCUCCAUACUUAAGGUGCACUCCUUGUUCUCCAUGGUGGGCAUCAAUCACGCCUAUGUCACCAAAAUUGGUCGUCUUGUAGGCGUGGUGGGCCUCAAGGAGUUGCGUAAAGCCAUCGAGGACAUCAAUAGCAAUAACUUCGUGCCCCCCAACCGGGAUGAGGAUGCGGAAGAAAAGCCUGCAGUGGAGAAGCCUCUGCUGUCCUCGAACAUCAGCGACAAGGCCGUGGAUAUGACCGUCACCUCGAUGGAUUCGGCCCUUUCUAACUCUGAGAAUUGUUCGGACAUCGAAAUGGAGCACAUAAAGCACACGGAUAAGGGCGCAGUGACGCUCACCAUGCCGCCACAAGAAGGCUCUAACCAAGGGCCAACAACGGCGGACACAAAGGCCACAGAAAACGGAAAUCAUCCUUGAAAAGCAGAUGAGACCGGCCUGCAGAAUAGUACAUACGUUACGUAUACGUCAUAUGUUUGUAAAGAUCAGCUAAAAAUCCUAUUAUAAGUUACUUCUUACACGAGUUAGUCAUCAAUGUUAUUAUGUAUUUAUAUCUCGCUAGUUCAUAAUGUCAAAGAUAUCGUGAUUUAUAUAUAAGUUGAAAAGAAAAUUAAG